AUGAUUAAUAAUGAUAGUAAAUAUCAAAUUGACAUACAAACUUAUGUUAGAUACGGCAGAUGGGUAACCAGAAGAGUAGCUUUAGGUACCAUAGCUACCAUUUGGUUAUUAGCCGGUUUAAUUUCAUUCGUCCCAAUAUCGUUAGAGCUACACAGGCCACCUCAACCGCUGGUCUAUAACUCAGGAGGUCAAAAUUAUCCAACGUGUGCUCUAGAUCUGACUCCCACAUAUGCUGUUGUGUCUAGUUGUAUAUCUUUUUAUGUUCCAUGUAUUGUAAUGAUAGGUAUAUACUGUAGAUUGUAUUGUUAUGCUCAAAAACAUGUAAAAAAUAUUCGAGCCAUUACCAGACCAAUUGAUUUACCAGAUCCAAAUACCAAAAAGAAGAGCACCAAACAUAAGAACAAAGCUCUUCACAUUCACCUUCAUAAUCAUCACAGUAGUCCAUACCACGUCAGCGAUCACAAAGCUGCCAUUACCGUAGGCAUAAUAAUGGGUGUGUUUCUUAUCUGCUGGGUACCGUUCUUCUGUAUAAAUAUCGUAGCAGCGUUCUGCAAAACCUGUAUCCCAGAUAUAACAUUUAAAAUUCUCACUUGGUUGGGAUAUUCCAACUCAGCGUUUAAUCCCAUCAUAUAUUCCAUAUUUAACACUGAAUUUAGAGAAGCUUUUAAGAGGAUUUUGACUGCCCACUAUCCAGACUGGUGCAAGUGUGGCUAUCAAAGCGUGUCACUAAACAACGACAAAUACGUUACAGAUUACGGUACGAAGACUUUGGUGGUCAACGCCAGGAGAAACGGUAGUUUUGGUGAAUUCUCUAGUGAACAUCUUAGCUGUGAAUCCGUACGACAAACCAGGGUCAACUCUGAAAAGGAUAUAUUGGAAGAUAUUAGCGCCAUUUGA